AUGUCCAUCAUCAGCAACGGUAUCACGAGGCGACUCUAUGACGAUGCUCGAGUUUUCGACGAACCUGCAGCAACACGGCUCUGCGCCAUUGGAGGUGAAAGAAUGAACAAGGUUCUCAUAAUGGAGGCUAAGAAACAUGGCGCAACUGCAGCGGAAGUUCGAGAAUGCGAGGCGCAUGCCAACACCUUCAGCCUUCAUGAGGGACCACGCCCGGGGUCCGCGACUUGGGACAUCUGGACUAACUCUAUCUCGACAUUGCGGAACAUGGCCAAAAAAUCCUCGAAGCCUGCGACUACAUCAAUGGUCAUCAUCAGCCUCCAGCACGUCUUCUUCUACCCUAUUCGCCACCCACUUCCCCACCCGGAGCUUCGUCUGAGCAUGCAAGUAGCCCGACAUCCGCUGCUCAAGCCGCCCUCAGAGUCAAGGCAUCAGCAAGAGAAUCCUAUUCCGCUUAGUCAGGAGCACUGGAAAUCAGUAUUGCUGGCUUUCGUGGUGGGCCACAUCUGUCACAGCGUGCCGGCGGCCUUUUAA